AUGCAGCUUUAUUAUAUCCGAAACAUCCCUCCUCUCUCCUCUCUCUUACCUUUCCAAUGUUGUACUGGACAUGAUUGUGGUGCCACAAUUUUGCUUUUUAGCUCAAAUACUUGUCAGCUCUUUGCAACUAGUUUCAUUUCUGACUCGCGACAAGUCACCUUCCAGUCUACCUGGGCAUCACCCACGAUUUUCAGCAUACCGCAUAAGUGUGGACUGUGGUGGUGCGAUGCUCGCUCGAUUCGCGAGAUGCUCCCCAUGAACCCGGAGCCUGGGUGA